AUGGAAGAACUUCUCCGCCAUCCAAUCCAUCUACUGUCCGCCCUCCCAAGUUACUGCAACUCUCCUCAGCGCCGACUGAAAAACCCCGCUCACCGAGAAGACACACAUUCUGCAGCGAUGGGCCGAAAAAUUCAGAGGCGUCCUCAAUCGCCCCUCCACCAUCUCCGAUACCGCCAUCGCCCGCCUGCCCCAUGUGAAGACCAACAACAACCUCGACCUCCCACUCUCUCUGAACGAGACUAUCAGGACCGUGCUGCAGCUAUCCAGCGGGAAAGCGUCCACAUCGGACGCGAGCUCUGCGGAGGUAUUCAAGCAUGAUUGUCCGCAAUCAAUAGAGCAUCUGACGGCACUGUUCCAGGAGAUGUGGCGACAAGGAUAAGUCCCGCAGGAUUUCAAGGACGCCACCAUCAUCCACCUAUACGAACGAAUAGGAAACCGCCAGCUUUGCGACAACCACCGAAGCAUCUCCUUACUGUACAUUGCCAGUAAGAUGUUUGCUCACAUUCUUCUCAACCGCCUGAACAAUCACUUGGAUCAAGGUCUUCUGUCUAAUAGCUAAUGCGGCUUUCGCAGUUAUCGUGGCACCCUGGAGAAGAACUUCGCCACCCAUCAGCUGUAGGAGAAGAGUCAAGAGAUGCGGACCCACCUGCACUUUUCCUUCGUGGAUCUGACGAAUGCCUUCCACAGGGCGAAUUGUGACGAACUGUGGAAAAUCAUGCGGUGAUUUGACUGCCCCGGACGAUUCAGUCAGAGGGUGCGUCAGCGACAUGAUGGCACGCAUCACGGACAGCGGAGUUGUCUCGGAGGAAUUCGCAGUGACCAACGGCGUAAAACACGGCUGCGUCCUCGCACCGACCCCCUCCAUGCUGAUGGACGCUUAACGCGAAGAACGCCCUGGGAUCCGCCUCGCCUAUUGGACGGCUGGCCACCUCCUCAACCACAAACGGAUGCACUUCCGGUCGCGUGUAUCCACAGUCAUCAUCCAUGAACUUCUGUUCGUCGAUAGGCACCUCGGGAUCCGCAUCGCCAUACAGAACUGUGAGGAACCUGUCUAACCACCGGAAGACGCAAAUUUGAUCGCGUUCUUCCACAACCACCGUCUACUAGGAGAGUUAGACUGAAACAACCCCUUCUGAACGUGUUCACGGCACCCUCACGCAUUUCAGAUGUACAUUGCCCAACCCGAGUUGUGUGUAAUCAUGGUGUUUGUGUUUGAGGAGCCAGGUCGUGCGUGUGGCGCGCGUAUACACGGUCACUAGACCCUGUCAGCCACCGCGCCCUUUCCCCGCUUCAGGGGAUUCUCAGCAUCCACGCAAUGCGGAUGGAUGCCGACAGGCUACGAAAAGACUCUUCUUUGACGCUAAAAUCAUACUCUGAAAACACCUCUGGAGCGACUGUAGAUAAACCCGGCAAACUGGGAAGACCCCGACCGGGACAGGCCAACGUGGAAGAGAGCAGUGAAGACAGGCUCAACAAUCUUCGGAGCCAAUCACAUCACCGCCACCGCCAAGUCCAAACGCGGGACACGCGAAUCUCGACUGUCGCCCUCGUCUCCGCCGCCGCCACCGCUAUCGCCUCAGAUCGACAACACCCAAUCAUCUCCAACAUGUCCACAAUGUGUCAACGGGCAUUCUGGACGCCAAUUGGGCUAUUUGGGUACCUCCGGUCCGACUGCGCCACACGGACUGCACCAACCCUCGUCUCUCCUCCCAUCUCUCCCACGCCUGCCAGGACGUCAACUAACCUGGAUCGCCCUACCGAGCCACCACUACCAUCUUCUUCUUCUUGUUCCUCCAGAGGGUGUAGUGGCACGCCUUGUUGCGGGUCCGGCCUCCCGUCUUCCUGACACUGUCUUGACAGCAGGUGCAGGUGGGGGGAGUAGGAGAGAAUGCGGCAGAUACUGCGGAUAGUCUUCAUUCACCAUAAACGAAUUCACGCGCAAGUUACCGUGACUGCUGCAUCUAGCUGUGUAGCACACAGUGGACAUCGUCGGCUCCGGUGGUUGAACCACAUAUAUUUCUACGGCAGAUCCAUUUGUCAUUCUUGUAAAUAUAUCUUAGGAUUUGUGCUCAGAAAAGACUUCAAUGAGUAUGACGAGCCCACAUGAGUGAUUUAAAGGGCCCUCAUGGAAACAGGCGAGCGAGCAUUGCCCUGUUAGUGAAUUCCUUGCAACCAGAGAUACGAUGAACUUAAUCGGCGCAAUCUAAGUGGGAAGGUCCGGCUUCUUGUUGCGUACCAGUCAGUUAUCAGGGGCGCACCUCAAGUUGGUGGCCCCUGGACCGUGAGGUGACCUGCGCGCCUAACGAGAGGGAAUCGAUCGUUCUCCAUGGAUGACGCAGCUGGCAGAUUUCACCAAACUUCGUAAGUCCGAAAAGUUCCGUUUCAAAAGGAAUUCCAUACUCGAUUGGAAAAUCUAUGAGUAGGUGAACUGCCAAAAACCAAAUUAAUGAUUUCAAAAUUUGUGUUCGAGGUGCAGCUAGCCGGCCGACCAGAUUUCGUCCAGUUCAUUUUGACUGUAUACUAACACGGGACACGUGUAUUUACCCUAUUCCGGGCGUCUGACUCACUUUGGUGUGCGUUUACAUGUCGGCACAAUUGCAAUUGUUCGUUUGACACUCAACGACCCUCUACCGUGUCGCCAUCUCGUCUGGCGACUACCUGCAACCAGAAUGCUCUGUCUGGCUUUCAAACAAUCACAGGCCAAUCAGCUUCAAGGCCUACUCAUCAAAUUUCGACGCCUGUCUCUGUGGGCCUAGACGUCCAGCUCCUCUUCGUCUGUCAACUUGUUUAAGCACAUUUUUUCUCUAUUCUGCACAGAAUACACUUUUCCGUACACAUAUUCCCAUUCAGGUGUUGAUUUUUUUUAUGGGUAAAGUCAGGGAGACCCGGUUCCCGUCCAGGAAUUUAGUGCAGGGACACUACACCAAAACAACGCACUCGUACGUCGCUCAAUUGAUUCGCCCACAGGGCUUGCGCGUGUUGAUACCGUGCCAGCCACUCUAAUGAGUCAGAAAUCGAGUCGGAUUGCUAACAGCUCAAGGUCGUGCUCUGAUUGGCUGAAUUCGAAGCCCGCCUGGAGGCUUCUGUAUGCACAUUUUAUCGUCAGAUUUUCGCGGUCAGGACUAAGUAGUCGAAGUCUUGCUCUCCUGCCCCUGCUGUACAGUUCCCAUUUGAGGAUUCGACCCGUCAGUCUAAAAGAUUCUACUUCUUACUUAGCAGUAAUAACUCGCUUCCUCGAACGCAGCUGCUAGUGUAACGAAAUUGGCAGGGUUUAAUAUAACUGCCCCAUUCCCUCUAUGACCAGAAUUUUGUUCAAAAAAUUUCCGUUCACAUGUAGGUACUGAUGAUCACCACAGAUGCAAUUGUUUACCAUAAAGCCAAUCCACUGUCUUGUUGAUAUUUUAUACGUGAAGGACCGUUGUUCGAUAAGAGAUAGGAAGGGCGACAUGGAGUUUGUGGCGGCUAGGCGGCGGCAGUAAGUGCUCUGAGCGCUACAACCAUCAGGUCAAAUCCUAUGUUGGAAGGAGAAGGCGGAAAGCACCAGAGUGAGGGGCAUAGUGUAUACAGAAUCCGGAGUUGUCCUCUGAGGCGGCAGUUGCAACUGGUGAAGCCAGGGCCGCUGUUGACUGCGUCCAGUCAUGCCUGAGGGUCUCUGCAACAGUGGUGGCAGCCGCUUUUGUAGGCUCGCGGGUCGAACUCAAGUGGUGCCCAGUCAGUGUGUGGCGCAUUGGCCGAGGGGUGGUGUCCCAGUGGCUUAGGUUGCGGUUGCAGGGGGGAGGUGUGUUCAAGUGGCCGCAUGGGCAGCUGCGGCUGCGCGGACGCAGGUAUGCCCGAGCAGUCACGUGAAAAUCAGGCAGUGCCAGCCUGGCCAUUUGAUUGGGUGACAAGGGCAUUUGUGGUCGCCUGUGAUUGGCUAUCCUAGGGGUUGGAUGUGCUCACGUUCUGACGCGCGGGAGUAGUGGUCACCCGACGUCUAGUGCGACGCGGAUGCUAGACGCAGAUGGCUUAACGUCGUCUGAGGCGCUCUAGAUCGGGUGCUGACGAAAUCGCUGGACAACCUUGAUGGGAUGCAUUAUCUACCUCUGUUGUAUCCAGCCGGUCAACGCUUGGAAUUCUCCACGCCCUCCUCUCAAGUGCUUCCACAUUUGGCCCCUGUUGACAUUCCCCUUCCCCUUUUGUAACCUUUUUUUGAGCGCGAUCGGCGUUCUUUUAAUUAACUAAUUUUGUAUUCUGACCUUGAGCUGGGAAUUCGAUCUGCUCGAACAUUAACAAAGGAAUUCUUUGUCCAGGGUAUCCAUUGUUGAGGUUUGUACGUUUUUUCAUUAUUACUUUAUUCUAUCAAUAGUACCGUAUAAACACCGAAAGCUGUUUUGGCUUAUACGCGUCACUUUGCCAGCCACAGUACUCAACAUCCUAUCAGAAAUUGGAGGAAAUUAAUCUCAUCAAAUGCAGACGCGUUCCAUGAAGAAUGAAUCGGACGGUACGCAACAGUCUCUCGGACUAGACAAACCAGGUGCCUUCGAAGGACAAGGAGAGCUGAGGAAAGACGUCCAGUCCGGCUCUUGUAAGACCGUUUCUAUUAGUAGUCGUUGCUCUAGUAAAACAGUUAAAGCUUUAAAAAUAGCCGAAAUAGAAGAGAGGCGAGUUAAACGUGAGGUCGAACUCCAACGGGCUAUUUUUGACGCAGAAAAAAGGACAGAGCUAGCAAGGAUAGAGGUAGAGACCGAUGAAGAGAUGUCCGAUGACGACCGUCAACCCGUGGAUUCCGUCGCGCAUGUCUCAGGAUAUUUGAAACAAUGCACAUUGGAUGAAAUUUCUCCUGAAGAGAGUAAUCAUUGCCAACGUGAGAAUGUUGAUAUGCCCAAAGCAAGCGCUAGGAGCCUGCCAGCUGCCAGUUUAGAACUGCCCAAGGUUGAGUUGUCAUGGUUUGACGAGAACCCAGUUCAUUAUUGGAAGUUUAUACGACAGUUUGAAGUGUACGUAGAGAGCAAAGUUGAAGAUGCUGGACAGAGGCUGCUGUACUUGAUUCACUAUUGCAGAGGUGAUGCGAGAGCGGCCAUAUAAGAAUGCGUCAUGCUUCCCUCACCUUCGGCUUAUUCAAGAGCACGGGAAAUAUUGAGCAGCUUAUUUGGCCAGCCACAUGUAGUGGCUAAUGCUCUUCUGGACGGUGUUUUCGCACAGGCACGCCAAGUUAACCAGACUGCGAAGGCACUUUCAGAUUUGUGCAUAAAAAUUAGAAGUUGUGAAAUAGCGCUCACGCAAAUGAACUACGUUUCCGACCUACAAUCGCUGAAUGUCCUAGAGCGAAUAGUGCGUUGUUUGCCGUUUUUUAUGCAGAUACAAUGGGCUGAAGUUGCUGAUAAAAUAUCUAUGAAUGGUAGAGAUCCGGAUUUUGCAGACCUCACGUAAUUCGUAAAUACUCGAGCUAGGAUAGCAAGAAGUCGUUUCGGACAAAUAUCUCGAGAUGGGGAUGCCAAGCGCUCUCAACAGCCCUUUACUGCCACAGCCCAACAUCAAAAACGGGAAAACCCUAACAAUUUUGCCAUUUCGAGUGUCGAACCAGAUCAACGGCCAUGUUACAUAUGUUCUAAUGCACAUGAAGUGGCAAAUUGCCCACGUUUAAUUGGAAUGGGUGUCGCAGAUCGAUGGAAUUGUCUGCGGCAACACAAAGCGUGUUUUGUUUGUCUUGGUAAUACGCAUUUUGCCAAGGUGUGCAGCUCCAGAGAACUUUGCGGUCAUUCCGGGUGCAAAAACGACAUCAUACGCUUUUGCAUGUAAUAUCGUCGGAAAAUAAUCAAUAAACAUUACAUGAUGAAGGGCUUUGUGCCCUGACUGGAACUACGCAUGUACCAUCACGACUGGGGGUUAUUCCUGUCAAGUUGGCAACUCCGACAGGAAACGUCGAAACUUACGCAUUUUCGGACAGUGGCUCGGAUGUCACUCUGAUUAAACGAAAGCCUCUUGUCGGAAAUGGAGUGCUAACAACGCCAACAACAUUGACAAUAAACACCAUAAGCGGUUCAAUCAAAUGCAACUCGGAAGUCAGAAGUCUAAGGGUGCUGCCCAUGAAUGGAACUGAGUCAGUUGGGAUUGAAAGGGCUUUGGUAGUCGAAGACUUGCCACUUCGUGCAGAAUCGACAAUUAAAAGGAUAGCCUCUUCGUGGCCACACCUGAGCGAUAUAAUGUUCGACGAGCUCACUGAUUGCGAGGUUGGCAUACUCAUUGGGAAUGAUAUCGUCGAAGCUCAUUGGGUACUCGACCAACGUCUGGGUGGCAAAAGGGAGCCGUUCGCCGUUAAAACACUACUGGGCUGGAUGCUGCUUGGGUCUUCACGUGGCAGGCAAAAACAAAACGCUGUCUGUCACUGCAUUGUAAAUCAAGAAAAGGACGUAACGCACAGCAUUAAGAAGCUAUACGACUCGGAGUUUACGGACACUUCAACAACGACUGCGAGUUACUCAUUGGAGGACAAACGGGCACUGGCUAUUGUGCAAUCUUCCGUUACAAUCAUAACAGGGCAUUACCAACUGCCACUCCCUUGGCGAAGCAGUACGCUGAAUUUACCGAACAAUUUUCAGUUGGCGCGUAAACGACUAAUCCAUCUCAAGAGUAAGUUGGGUCGAGAUCCCUAAUUACUUCGGAAAUAUGAGCAAACGUUCCGUUCGUACAUGGAGAAGGGAUACAUCGAGCGAGUUGACGGCAACAAAGCGUUCCCAGUUACGAGACACUGGUACUUACCACACCACCCCGUUGUCAACCCCCGAAAACCAGAAAAAAUUCGUGUUGUAUUUGACUGUGCUGCCAAGUGUCAGGGCGUGUCUCUGAAUGAUAAUCUAUACCAAGGACCUGACCUAAACGCUAAGCUAGUAAGUGUGUUGUUGGGUUUCCGACUUGAGCGUAUUGCAGUGGCAGGGGAUAUAGAGGAAAUGUUCUUGCAAGUGAAAGUGGACCCGAUUGAUUGACCUACUCUGAAAUUUUUGUGGUGGGAAAAUGACGACCUUGAAGGAGAGCCAGUUGAGUUUCAAUGGACAUCUCACCCAUUCGGAUUGACUUCUUCGCCCUUUUGUGCCACCUUUGCGUUGCAAAAAACUGUUGGAGAUUUCGGUUCAUCUUACUCUUCAUCAACUUGCAGAGCGAUUCACCAGAGUAUAUAUGUUGAUGAUUGUCUAGUCUCGUUAUGUGAUGUCGAUUCAGCCAAACGUUUUGCGGACGAAAUUUGUAAACUUCUCUCUCAAGGCGGCUUUCGUAUGCGAAAAUGGGCUUCUAAUGACCGGCGUAUACUCUCGGUCGUUAGUGCGACUGAACGCUCUUCUGGUAUGCGAGAUAUUGCCGUCAACCCCCUACCUACUGAACGAACUUUAGGGUUGCAGUGGGAUACGCAUGUGCCGAGGCGCCAGACUAUCUUGCCUUUCCCUACCUGUUCCUCAUUCUUGAACUUACUGGUUGUUUAACUGAAUGGAAUGAACACAACUCUUCGCGACGCGCUUGGCAUGAGUGGGAUUGUCAGGUCGUUUGACUUUUGAUUAUUAAUUCUUCCAUAACUCUGGUCUUAUCCUGAUUUUUAUAGUCUGGGAUAGACGGUUCUGUCUUAGCGUUCGCGACAGUGGUGACCCCUUGACGUUCACGCUUAUACCUUUAAUUAGUCGACUUCCAAUUUGCAUACCGCCCGUUUGCCUUCUUUCUUUCUACAAUCAUGUCCUCUACGAAUUCCAAUGAUCCCACUUCUUCUCUCAGUGGACUUGUUUCUCCCCUCCCAGACUUUUGGCAACAUGCGCCAGAACUUUAUUUUUUCCGUAUUGAGGCGACUUUUCACUCCGCCAAGAUAACACGUGAAACAGACAAAUAUUAAAAUCUGGUCGAGGCCCUCCCUCCCACCAUUCUUUCUCAAGUACAAACGCUUCUGAGAGAUCCCCCGACUGAUGCUCCUUACACCAAGUUAAAGGCUGAACUUCUUCGCCUGACAUCAGUCUCCGAUCGGCAGCGUUAUCACGCACUAGUAAAAGAGGAGGCCUUAGGUGAUCGCAAGCCGUCGGAACUCUUGCGUCGCAUGCGUUCUCUGGUUGGGAACAUGAAAAUCGACGACAAGUUCUUUAAAGAGAUGUUCUUAGAACGUCUGCCGACGUCUGUACAAACAAUCUUGGCCUCUGGCUCCGACGACCUAGAAAUAUCAAAGUUAGCGGAGAUGGCUGACCGUAUGAUGGAGGUUGAGCGUUUGUCAUCCCCGACGAUUGCUCAGGUAUCCCAGCCUCUCAACGUGUCCACCUCUGACCUUGCUGAACUAAAGACGCAGAUUGCCCAGUUGUCAGCGACUGUUGCCGCUUUGCAGCUGCGCCGAUUUCCCGGUCCCUCUCGACGUCCCUUCGGUCGUGACCGUCGUCGUUCCCGCUCUCGCCCCAGGACCGCCAACCUAUGUUGGUAUCAUGUCAACUAUGGCGAUAAGGCGCGGCGCUGUGUCCCACCCUGCUCCUUCAAGUCCACGCAGGGAAACUCCUCGGCCGGAGAGUAA